AUAGCUGGGUUCGUACAAGCUGACGGAACCUUUGGAUUAAACUAUACUAAACAACCAAGAAUGAAAUUAGGGUACACAUGUCAACCUCAGUUUCGUGUUACUCAACAUGAGCGUGAUUUAAUAGUUUUAAAAAGAAUUAUUGAUUCUAUGGGUUGUGGUACUAUAGUAAAACCAUCUGGAGAUAGAGACAGAUAUAGUAUAUCUGUCGCAAAUACAUUAGAUUUAGUUAAUAUUGUAAUACCUUUAUUUGAAAAAUACCCUCUUUAUGGUGCAAAACAUAGUGAUUUUUUUGGAUUU